AUGUCAUCCUUCAAUGCCUCUCACGUUGACCUGAACACGGCGAGUAAGGAGGACGUGCUCUGCUACCUCGCGUUGUCCAGGAAUGAGUACAAUGGUCACCUGGGCGCUCGAAUCUCCUCUAUCUUUGUCAUCUUUGUGACCUCGACGGCUUUAACACUCUUCCCCGUGGUCGCUAAGCGAGUUCCGCGAUGGAAGGUCCCUUACCAUGUCUAUCUCUUCGCACGGUAUUUCGGUACCGGUGUCAUUUUAGCGACCGCGUUCAUUCAUCUUCUGGAUCCGGCCUACAAGCGCAUUGGUCCCAAAACCUGCGUAGGUGUUUCAGGGCAUUGGGGUGACUAUUCUUGGUGCGCUUCCAUAGUGCUGGCAUCUGUGGUGAUUAUAUUCCUUCUGGACCUAGCCGCUGAGGUGUAUGUGGAACGCAAAUAUGGCGUGCAACGCAAAGAUGACGCAACCAACUCCUACCUAACGACAACCCACCGCUCCGACACAGAGAAGGGGAAUCCCAGACCCGAAGAAAUUCACGACGAGGCGACUUCGGUGGCUUCCGAACGGUCUUUUCAUCAGCAGUUCGCAGCGUUUCUGAUCCUCGAGUUCGGCAUCAUCUUCCACUCGGUCAUCAUCGGAUUGAACUUGGGAGUCACCGGCGACGAAUUUGCGACACUCUACCCAGUGCUCGUCUUCCACCAAGCAUUUGAGGGACUGGGUAUAGGGGCACGGAUGUCUGCCCUGCACUUUGGGGCGCGGCGGUGGCUACCGUGGGCACUCUGCCUGGCCUACGGACUCACAACCCCAGUAUCUAUCGCAAUCGGGCUGGGUGUACGUACCUCGUACAAUCCGGGGUCUAAGACGGCGUUGAUCGUGCAGGGGGUGUUGAAUGCGAUCUCGGCUGGGAUCUUGAUUUAUAGCAGCCUGGUGGAACUCCUGGCGCGGGAUUUUCUCUUCGAUCCCGAUCGUCCCAAGCGACGAUCGCAUCUGGUGAUGAUGGUGGGAUACACCCUCCUAGGUGCGGGUAUAAUGGCAUUGAUUGGCAAAUGGGCGUGA